AUGAAACGUGAAGCGUACAUAGACGGAUUCCUUCGAGUGCAGAAAAUGUGUCAGUCGCUGAGCCGACCAUAUGUAGAGUACUGUGAUGAAAACAUCCUCUGGAAGGGAACUAAGGGAACAGAAUGUAUUUGCCAAACCGAUUAUUGCAACUCGGGUUCAGACUUACGUCUGUUUUACACUUAUAUGUUUGCUCUCAUUUUGACAUACAUCUGUAACUUGUAGUU